AUGCCAUCGAAGCAGAGAAAGAUUGCAAUGAUGGGAUACCGUUCUGUGGGAAAGUCGUCUUUAAUCAUACAAUUUGUAGAAGGACAGUUUGUUGACUCGUAUGAUCCUACGAUCGAAAACACAUUUACAAAAUUUAUCAGACUGAAUUCUACUGAGUAUGAAGUUAAGUUGGUUGAUACCGCUGGUCAGGAUGAAUACAGCAUAUUCCCGUUACAAUACAGCAUGGAUUUUCAUGGCUAUGUUUUGGUGUACUCUAUAACAUCCAGCAAAAGUUUUCAAAUUGUACAAAUUAUUUAUGAUAAACUUCUGGACAUGGUUGGUAAAAUCCAUGUACCCAUAGUAUUAGUUGGUAACAAAACAGAUCUUCAUCUUGAAAGAAAAAUUAGCACUGAGGAGGGCAAAAGACUUGCUGAAAGAUGGCGGGCUGCAUUUGUUGAAACCAGUGCUAAACGUAAUGAGUCUGUGACGGACAUGUUUCAUGCUAUAUUAUCCGAGAUUGAGCGAUCAGACGGACACAUACAAGACAAGAAUGGAUGUGUAAUUUCUUAA